UUACAUCUCACUUGCUCUUCACAUGUCACCCAGCCUAUAAAAACCUACCAACCAAUGCUGAAUGUAGCACAUAAACCUGUGAAACAUUGACCACCUUAAUAGCUACACAAGAAGAUCCUUAUUUUUAUUAUCAUUGUCAUCAUCACCAUCAUCGCCACCAUUAUCUCUGACGCCACCACAACCAUCAGAAUAUUAUGUACAGAUACGGCAUAUCAAUCCAGAGAAGAGCUUGGUCACCAUGUAUGACAGUUCUUAUUUUUCUUGGAGCGACGGCAAUCUUGGGAGUAACUAUUGGUCUCCUCAUUCAUUUUCUGGCAGUUGGGAAGAUUUACCAUUACCAAGGUUAUUUUAAUAUUUCUGGAGUCACAUACAAUUAUAGUUGUAAAAAUGCAGCUUCAGAAGUUAGCGCAAAUCUGAGCAAAGAUAUUGAGACUAAGAUGUCUGAUGAAUUUCAAAAUUCUAGCCUAUACAGAGAAUAUAUCAACUCUCAGGUAAUCAGACUUCUCCCCCAUUCCAAUGGUUCAAGUGUGCAGUUGCUGCUGAUAUUCAAGUUUUCUCCAAGAAAGAGGGAGAUCAUGAAGACUGAAAUCAAAGCUCUCUUACUUCAGAUGUUGAAAGACAACACAGUAUCCUGGAAUGCAGUUCCAGCUUCCAUUAAACUUACAGAAAUCAGCAAGACUAAUGCUGAAAUGCUUACCAACAACUGUUGUGGGAGACAACUGGUCAAUAGUGUUGCAUCAGGCAACCGAAUUGUGAACGGGAAAAAUGCCCAUGUUGGGGCAUGGCCUUGGCAGGCCAGUAUGCAGUGGAAGGGCGAACAUCAUUGUGGAGCAUCUCUGAUCAGCAGCAGGUGGCUAUUAUCUGCAGCUCACUGCUUUGUUAAGAGAAAUAAUUCAGGAGAUUGGACCGUCAACUUUGGAACUCUAUUAAAUGAACCAUAUAUGACACGAAAAGUCCAAAACAUUAUUUCUCAUGAAAAUUUUAGCAUGGCUGGGAUUCGUGAUGAUAUUGCCCUUGUUCAGCUUGCUGAAGAAAUCUCUUUCUCAAAGUACGUUCGUAGUAUUUGUCUUCCUGAAGCCACACUGAAGCUCUCGGAAAAUGACAGUGUUGUUGUCACAGGAUGGGGAACACUGAGUAUGAAUGGUCCCCUUCCAAAUACACUUCAAGAGGCCUUUGUGAAUACUAUCGACAACAAAGUUUGCAAUGCUCCCUAUGCAUUAUCUAACUUGGUGACAGAUAAAAUGUUAUGUGCUGGAUAUAUGUCAGGAAAAGCUGAUGCCUGUCAGAAAGACUCCGGUGGACCACUAGCUUACCCUGACUCUAGAAAGAUCUGGUACCUUGUUGGAAUAGUAAGCUGGGGUGAUGGAUGUGCCAAAAAGAAUAAGCCAGGUGUCUACACUCGAGUGACUGCUUAUCGUGAUUGGAUUACCUCCAAGACUGGACUCUGAAGGGGAAGUAACUUUGGAGUUGAACACAAGGACAACUGCAGGGCAGGGCACACAUAUUUUUUUAAGCACUUAGUCUGUUCCAGCAACUGUCAAGGACAGACACAGUAUCUUCUUUCAAGGAGGCUGCAUUUAGCGGAUAAAGAUAGUAGAUAUAAGAUAAUUUUUAUUGUGAUAACUAUUAUGAGGGAAAUAAAACUAUGACAGAAAAUAGUGCUACAGGUGAAAAGUACUUGAGACUGGGCAGUCUGAAUUACUUCUCUAAGAGAGGAGCAUUUGAGCUGGACCUAAAUGAUGAAAAAACAAAUAUAAAACAUCUGAGAGAAGAGAAAUCCAAAGGGAACAAGUAUAAAGUCCUUGCAACACAAAUAAGUGAGGUGGCUAUGUGGGCAGAAACAAUUUUUCUGUCAUCAGCUCUUCCUUCUCAGUCCCUUUUGCGGGAUCUUCUACAUCUUCCCAAACUGUAAGUGUUGGGGUGCCCCAGGGCUCAGUCUGCAGGUCUCUUCUCUGCUUACACUCAUACCUUAGAUGAUUUGAUCCCGUCGAAUACUUUCAAUACCAACUCUUUGCAGACAACACCCAACUGUUUUGACUCUGGCCCUGACUUCUCCCUGGGCCUCCAGUUGCACACGGCUGAAAUUUCUAUUUGAAGGUCUGAUAGAGAAUUUACACUAGUUAUUCAACAGAAUUCUUCAUCUUUCCUCAGUAUUCCAUAAUUUAAAACAUUAAUCCUGAAGUCAUUCAAGGAACAGCAUUUGAAAUAUUCUUAUUUUC